AUGAAUCUGGGCUUGCAGGACGGCGGCUUCGACGCGCUCGAGCCAGCCUAUACACAGGACUUUGCUACCUUCAUGGACAGUGUGCCCAACUUCACUCACCCAUUCUCUCCGAGCUACCAGCCGCUGCCUGUCUUCUUUUCCAACCUAGACUUACCCUUGGCGGGUGUUUUCGAAAAUACCAACGAUCCUAGAGACGGCAACAUCUCGCGUGAUGAAUCAACAGUAACGACAACCAUCCAUGCCACAUCCACGUCACUCUCCAAUAUCCGUGCAAAUGACUCGUCCAUCUCUCGGUUUGGCUCUCGGCUUCCAUCUCUGGCUCCCGAGGAAAAGCCUCCGCCCAAUGGUCCCCACCCACAAGGGCCCACGAGGCUCAAUAGUCGAGAUUUAUUUAUCUCGGCCGACUGUCGACAGCAUAUCAUCGAUGAGCUGGCGACAUUUUCCGGCUGUAUAGAUGGCGACUUUGUUCUCCCGUCUCGUCAUGCGUUGUCACGAUUGAUAGGUGGGUACUUCAAGAACUUCCAUGCUCAUUAUCCCUUUUUCCACAUUGCCACUCUGCGAAUGGAUGCCAUCCAUGUCGAGUUGCUCUUGGCAAUUGCGGCUCUCGGAGCGCGCUACACGAGAGAGCCAGAGAUGGGUAUUGAGCUGUUUCGUGUGGCACGAGCCAUCGUCUUGGAACGCCUCCGCCGACGCCAGAGACGAAAAGCAAACAUGGGAUUGGACCAAAGAUUGCAGUAUACGCCCAUAGUGAUCCCUGACCCAAGUUGCCGCGGAGACGAAAGAUUCUGCGUGGUUGAGAUGGUGCAGACUUUACUGCUUUUGAUCGCCAUCGCGUCCUGGUACAGACGCGAACCCGCAGUCACCGACGCACUGUCCAUCCGCAGUGUGCUGCACUCGCUUAUUCAAGAUGACGAAAUAACGCGAGCCCGGGAGCAACCAACCGAAGACUGGCGGGAGUGGGUUCGGUUCGAGACGAUCAAAAGAACCCACCUCGUGGUCUUUUGCUUCUUCAAUAUCCAUACCAUUCUGUUCGACUUACCGCCUAUGAUACUAGCAAGCGGCCUCCGGCUCGAACUUCCCUGCUCCGAGAAAGAAUGGAAGGCAAGCAACGAGCUAGAAUGGCGAGAAGCUCGUGCCGGAUCAAGGUCAACUCGACAAGACUUUCAAACCGAGUUUUCGUGUCUCUUUUCAGACCUCGGUGAACGGAAUGGCUCAACCCAAGCCGUUGCGCGAGGUUUCUCCGCUCUUGGCGGCUGUGCUCUCAUCCAUGCUGUCAUUCAGCAGAUUUGGCUUGCACGCAACGCUCGACUACCCAUCGUGCACGACGAUUCAAGCGGCCUCGCAGAUGAAGAAAUGAAUGUCUUUGAACGAGCCCUGAAGCGAUGGGCCAGGUAUUGGGAGCGCGAUCAAGAAUCGUCCAUGGAUCCCUUGAGUCCUCACGGGCCCGUGACUUUUACAUCGACAGCACUCCUUCGGCUGGCGUAUAUUCGGCUCAAUAUGGAUUUGGGCCCUGUUAGAUCACUGAGCAGCUGGGACCCAUCCAUGAUUGCCAACUCACUGCACCAAAGCCCGGGAGUCCAACGAAGCGACAAAAUGACCCGGGCGGCACUUCAUUGCGCACACGCCCUCAGCAUUCCCGUGAAGCUAGGGAUCAACUACGUCGCCCAGACACAACUCAUCCUCUGGUCGAAUCAACACGCCCUCUGCUCGUUGGAGUGCGCAGUCCUGCUUGCAAAGUGGCUUGAAGCGGUGACGGUGCUCGAUCCGAACCCUGCACUGACGCCCGCGGAACAGAGGGUGCUCGAAUUCGUCGUCCAGCUGGUGGCUGAGACGGAAUACAAGGUGAGCUGCGAUCACAUUCUCGCGCAAAAGGCUCGGUUGAGUGGCAUGGUUGUCAGGCUGUGGGCGAAACUGUAUCAGUCGAGCAGCGUGUGGCAGAUGGUCAAUUUGAUUGGAGAGUCUCUGAGGAUAUAUGCUGAUCUCCUGGAGGCUGGGCACAAACUGGUGAUGUGA